UUUCAUAUAUAAACUCCAGACGACCACAGCAACAGUACCACAAUCAGUCUUUCCUUCGUUUGACUAACAAUACAGUGACAAUACAAAUAUAUAUAUAUUCAAGCAAACAUGGGUUCCAUAACUCCUCUGAUAACUAUCGCAUGUUUGGUCGGCUUGACGUCUUUUGGUGCGGCCAAAUUGAGCGAUAACGAAGUAGCAGAAGGAGUCAUAAAGCACACGCAUUACCAUACCGGUGACGUGGAACACGCUCACAAACACGACGGUGAGGCACAUCACGAGCACCACCACAAGGGAAGCGCUGAGCACGCCCACCACCACGGCGGAGAAUUCGGUCACGGACAUCAUCACGGUGGUGAAUUCGGACACGGGCAUCAACACCACGGUAGCGCCGAUCACAAGCACCACCAUGGCGGCGAGUUCGGUCAUGGACACAAGCACCACGGAAGUGCGGAACACAAACAUCACCACGGCGGUGAAUUCGGACACGGACACCACCAUGGUGGCAAGUUCGGACACGGACACGAGCACCACGGAAGCGCUGCACACAAGCAUCAACACCACGGCAGCGCCGCUCACAAACAUCACCACGGUGGAGAAUUCGGACAUGGACACGAACAUCACGGAAGCGCCGAGCACAAGCAUCACCACGGCGGAGACUUCGGACACGGACACCAGCACGGAGGUGAAUUCGGACACGGACAUCAACACCACGGUAGCGCCGAUCACAAGCAUCACCACGGUGGUGAGUUCGGACACGGACACCACCAUGGCGGCAAAUUCGGACACGGCCACGAGCACCACGGAAGCGCCGCGCACAAACAUCACCACGGAGGAGAGUUCGGUCAUGGACACGAACACCACGGAAGCGCCGCACACAAGCAUCACCACGGUGGUGAUUUCGGACACGGACACCACCAUGGCGGCAAAUUCGGACACGGGCAUCAACACCACGGUAGCGCCGAUCACAAGCAUCAACACCACGGUAGCGCCGCUCACAAACAUCAUCACGGUGGUGAAUUUGGACACGGACACGAGCACCACGGAAGCGCCGAGCACGCACAUCACCACGGUGGAGAAUUCGGACACGGACAUCAUCACGGCGGCAAGUUCGGACACGGACAUCAACACCACGGUAGCGCCGAUCACAAGCAUCACCACGGUGGCAAGUUCGGACACGGACACAAGCACGGUGGUAGCGCCGAACACGCUCACCAACACCACGGCAAGGCCGCUCAUGGUCACCACCAUGCUGGUCACUCCAAACAUCACCACAAGCACACCGUCUAAUACCACGUCUCUCGCCCCCGAUGAAGACGACCGCGAUCACUAGUCGCACUACAUCGUCGAAUUAACGACUCCUCAAGGACGAAGGUGACGAAUUCGGCACUUGUCUCCAACCCCUGCCCCCAUCAUCUACCCCGCUGAAUUUGGUAUUGACUUUAUGAAUACGGUAAAGGUUAUCGGGUUCUUCGAUCACUUGUUUCCAACAUUUUUUAAUUCCAUUUCGUCUCAUCUUAUACUUCCCAUCUCACUUUAACUCUCUUCUGUUGUGCUUCCUUCAUUUAUAUUUUAUAUGUCUCCCUAUUUUGUUGGUCAGAUGUUCCACUGUUUUCUAUUAUUACUGCUACCGCUGCAGUCAGUGUUGCUGUUGAUGUUACUGCAAGUACCUUAUCUACAUUAAUUUCGAUAUUCCUAAGUACAGAAAUGUAUGAACUGUUGUUACUACUUGUAUAACUUAUAUAUUUGUUCUGUGAUAAUUUUAAGUGCUCAUUUGUAAUGAUUUAUUUUUAUUACUACUUAUCGUUGUAAUUGGGUCUUUUUAUACGUAUGUAUUAGUACUAUUCUAUAAU